CCCUGGCCUCGCAGCAUCGUUUAUCUGCUUCGGUUUUAAGGCUUUUUCUCGCAAUCGUUUGAGAAAACAAAAAUUUAUUGUGCUGCUGGCUAGAUGGCUAGAGAUGGGCCACUGGACAGAAUUCAUUGUUCACUAUAAAGUGGAGUUCUGUGCAUUAAUCAUGCAAAGAGUUAUAGGUUUAACUUAAAACUAGUUAAUAACAGUCAAUAGGAAAAACCAGCUCGAUAGAAAAAAGUAGCUAAGCGAACAUCUCUGAUAGGCUGUUAUCGAAAAGUUCGUCCUGAUGCUUCAACUCCAUAUGGUCUCACUAAAAAAAAUCAAACUACGAGCAUCAACCCGGGAUUACUUGAUCGCGUCUGCAAAAUGGAAUACCUUAAGAUACUCAACGCCGAAUUAACUGAUCAGGUGCAGAAGCUGCGCUUGGAGGCGGCCGCCUACAGGACGUAUCAGGUCCGAUUGCAACAGGACUAUUUCAAGGUGCGGGAGGAAAUGGCCCUGGAACGAAAAGUCAAUCGCAGCAAGGUCCUUAACUUGAUAAAGCAUCUGAUGCUGGACAAUUCCGUGGACAUAAACGACAUAACGGAGAGCAUGGAGCUGGAUUCCCUGCCGACCGAGACGCGCCGCACCUCGAGGGAAAUGAGCAGGGAUAAUCGUCGCUCUUGCGAGCUGCUGGCGUCCAAAUUCGUGUCACCGAGUAGCCGUCGCACGACCGGCUCCGCCAGUCUCCGUGAAUCGUCAGAGGAGCAAAUGGCUGAGGAAAUGGGUUCUGUUACGAGCGUGCCUCCAGAUGAGGAACCGGCUGAAGAAACUCCUCCAGACGACAUCGAAAAGACACCGGAGAAAACGUACAGUUUCCCAGGACACAUGCCCUGUAUUAGGGAGAUACUGUCCCCAGCAAACAAUUGCAGCUCCAUAUGCUUGGAUGACACAGAAGUUGAGAAGACCCCAGGGACGGUCAGGAAUGUAACUGUUCGAUGCAGAGUUCUGCAGGAAGUUAGUACCAACACGUCAGUGGCCACGACUCAUAACAAGACCAAGAAGAUACCCUCAAUAGUCGUUACUGCGGAUGAGUCGCUAGACAUGAGCAUUCAGCAGGCAAGACAUGCAGUCGGCAGGCACUCCUACUCGCCUGCGAUGAUUAGUUCCGACUCCAUGCAACAUCCGGAUCCACCAGGAGGAGGGAAGAAUACGUCACGAGUCAAAAAUCAGGGAAAGACUGGCAUUACCCCCUUAAGCAUCGUUUCAAGCAGCGAAUCGACGGACGGAAGCAUCAUAUCGUUGGAUGACUCCAGUCUCGUUCAGACCCCACGGCGCAGCCAGUUCGAGGCUCACGCGGCGAAGACAACUAGCACUCCCAAUACGACUGUGGCUGCAAGGUCAAGAAAGGAAUCGUCUAAACAAAAAUCUGUUCUGCAGAGCUCAUGUACAAGCCCUGUCCAAAGGCCAAGUCGCAGAUGCCGACCCGCCGAACUGAAGGAGCCCAGUCUAAGGGAAAAAUUGCGGAACGAUACGAGCACAACCCUUAUACAAACUAAAAGGAGAAAUAAGGCUAAGGAGUAGUUUGUCGUUCUGUAUUGUUUUAAUAUUUAGUAACUUUAUCCAAAUUGUAUUCGUAUUUGUAUUGUCAAGUGUUUAGUGUUAGUUUUUAUUGUUAAAAUAGAUAUUUAGAGCAUGGUAGCACAAUCAGAAA